AUGCCGCGGUUGAUGUCGCAGCCCAGUGCGCAAGUGGUCAUGGUGAAACAUCCGCAACGCAGUGGUGCAUUGGGUUUUGCUGCUGGACUUGUGUUUCUUAGUUUUGUCAGCAAAUUUAGUGAGCGCGUGCAGAUGUACAAGGCCAAAACUAUGAAAGUCAAAGGCAAGAAAGAAAAGCCGGUGGAAGGUUUGGCAGAUUUGAUGAAGGGUAUACUUGCAUCGACCUGUAGUUUUCGAGAAAUGCUGACUGUUACAAAGCUGUCCCUCAUGUUGCUUUUGCGAACGGUUGGCUCCGUUUGGGUUUCAAAGCAUUGGGGUAGCAUCGUCAACUCGGUGGUGUCUCAAGACUUCAAGCGGCUUGCAAAGCUCGUGUCUGAGUUUGCUGGGGCCACUGUGCUCCUAUCCUUCUUGAAUGCCCUCCUGAAGUACUACAUCAGUGCUCUUCGACUACAAGUUCGAGAGAAGAUCACCCUGUGGUGCCACGACAAGUAUAUGCGUGCACAGGAUAUGAUCUUCUACAAGGCCAACAAAGUGGGCAAGAAGAUUGAGAAUUGUGAUCAUCAGAUCACCUCAGAUGUAGAAAGAUUUUCCGAAGUCUUCGCAGAGGUUUUCUCUCAAUCCUUGAAGCCCAUUGUGGAUUUCCUGGUAUACUCUGUGGAACUUAGCCGUGUACAGGGCCUUGCCACCCCGCUGACCUUGUACUCCUGGUUCGCACUGGCCUCGUGCAUCUCUGCAGUGACUUUGCCACCUUUUGGUGAGUUGGCUGCUACAGAGCAGAAGCUGGAAGGAAAUUUCCGCGGAAAGCAUUCCGAGCUCAUCACCAAUUGUGAGCAGAUUGCCUUUUUGGGUGGAGAGCGUCCUGAAAAGGAUGUUCUCAAUAUCUCCUUUGCGGAGCUCAUGACCCACUGCCGGCGAACCAUCAAUGCCUCCUUCAACUCAGAAGUUCUGCGACAAUACCUGAACAAAUAUUUUUGUACAGUCAUUGGGCUGGUUCUCAUUGCCAGGCCCUUGCGUUUUCGUGCCCCUGAAAUGGGGGAACUUCGAAAUGACCAAAUUGCGCAGUACUUCACCUCCACCUGGAGAAAUAUGGAGGCCAUGGCCACAGCCAUUCAGGACCUUUUUGAGCUCACGAAUCGCAUCGGUCGCCUGAGUGGCUUCGCCACUCGCGUCAGGGAACUCAUGGUGGGUCUACAAGUGAGGCCGCCUGUACUGGCAGAGGAGAUUGAUGCAGCCAAGCAAGGUGCUCAUCCACCAGUCUUCCAGAAGGGUGAGCACCUUCAAUUCGAGCAUGUUUCAGUGUACCGGCCAGAUGGAACUCUGCUGGUGAAGGACUUGAACUUCACCGUUGAACGGGGUCAAAGGCUCCUGGUGACCGGUGGCAACGGCUGUGGCAAGUCGAGCCUCUUUCGGGUCAUUCGGAAGCUGUGGCCACUGGUGGAGGGGACAAUCACCAUGCCACCGGAUAAGGAGAUCUACUUCCUGACCCAAGUGAACUUUGUCCCUUGUGGUUCAUUGCGAGACUUGGUGAUAUACCCACAAUCCCACACAGAAAUGCUGGCUUCGGGAAGAACAGAUGAAGAUGUUCGAACCUGCCUGCGCUGGGCCCAUGUCUCACCUACAGUGAUUCAUGAUGGCAGAGCGCAGCUGGAGUUCAACGAUCAGGGCUACGUGGUCCGACCUGGCUUGAAUGAUGUGAGGGAUUGGCAAAAAGACCUGUCACCUGGCCAGAAGCAAAGACUGGCAUUUGCCAGGUUGUUUUACCAUAGACCCAGCUUCGUGGUUUUGGAUGAAUGCACCAAUGGUAUUUCACCAGAUGUGGAACAUGAUCUUUAUGAUCGAUGUACUCGCCUGAACUUGGCUGUUUUCUCCAUAUCACACAAGAUUGAACUCAAACUCUUCCACGAGAGAGAGUUGCACUACCAUGGCGACCUCAAAGGCUCAUGGACGAUGAGAGAAUGUUCACAGACCCGGGACAAGAUCACAAGGGCAUCUUCCACAGUGAGCAUCAAAGCUGUGGACAGCAUCCACAUCGCGAAGCUUCGCCGUGAACAAGAAGAGCUGCAAAAUCAGCCAAUGAAAGCUGUUGACAGCAUUGCUGUGACAAAAGCUCGCCGUGAACAGGCCAAAAGGGAAAAGGACAAUGACCAGGUGGAAAGGGAGGUCUCCAACUUCAGUGCAAGAGCAAACACCAUGUAUCAGCAAAAGAAAGAGCAAAGAGAGAAGGCCAACAGGGCACUCAAGAAGCUCAGGGAGGAUUGGCUGAAUAAAGUUCGUCGCAGCGACGUCAAGCCGGAGAAUUUGCGUGCGAUGAUGCAAGGGCACUUGGAUGCAGAGGACAAGCUCAUGCGAUCCUUCCUUCGGAUGUGGACCACUGCAGAUUUCUCGCCCAUUGCAGUCUUGGGCCAGGGCUCCUUUGGAACAGUGCACCUGGUCAGGUGUACCAGCAAUGAGCAGAUCUACGCAUUGAAAUGUAUGAGCAAAGCCUACUACAAACGGAAGAAUUCCUUGGCCAUGAAUGAGCGCGACGCGCUAUUGGGCGAUGGCUUAUUGGACAAGACAGAUCGAUGGUGUGCUCGGUUGAUGUGCUCCUUUCAGGAUGCUUCAAACCUGUUUCUGGUUAUGGAGUUCAUGCAGGGCGGAAGCCUCGCAACACAUCUCUCCAGGAGAGGCAGACUGUCUUUAGAAGAGACUGCCUUUUACAUCGCAGAAUUGAUUGAAGCUGUAGAUGUGAUCCAUGUGACCUUCGGUACAAUCCACCGAGACUUGAAACCAGACAAUCUGAUGCUGACUAAGAAGGGCCACUUGAAACUUCUGGACUUUGGACUCUCAGCUGGGCCUUCGGAGCAAGAUGAUGGUCGUCCGGAGAUUGUGGGAACUCCAGCCUAUAUGGCGCCAGAGUCCUUCAAAGGCUUCAGCCAGGCGAAGGCCGACAUUUGGGCCAUCGGAAUCAUCACCUACGAAUGCCUAACUGGCCUUCUUCCGUAUGAUGAAGAUGACUCGUACGAGAAUUUUGCUCAGCAGUUGGAACACUUGGAAGAUCAGGCAAACAACAUCGAGACGGUUCUUCCCCCGAAAUUAGAUGCGGCCCAUGACCUUCAGUCCGUGCUGGGUGCAACAGCCGCCAAGUUCAACAAGGCCCGUCGCUUCGUCGAAGGAGUGCUCCGUUCCAACGAAGACGAGCGGCUCUCCCUGCGGCGCUGUCGGAAGGAGGCUUUCUUUGAGGAGUUGGACUUUGGAUAUUUGCACAGGAUGAAGCCGCCAAUCAAAAUCCAGGUGAGCAGUGAGACAGACUUGGAAUAUUUUGAUCUUUUGCCGCCAGUCGAUUUGCCAAAGCCACAUCAGAUUGCAGCCUGUGAUGCCAGUCUGGACUGGGUGGGCUUUGACCUUGAUGCCCAAUUCCACAAAGCCACAAGGGGCUACUGA